AUGGUGUCCGCGCCGGCGUUCCCAGCGGCACUCGCCGCGGCGGUCGCGGCGACCGGCGCGCGCCGUGCUAGGCGUGCCGAGGCCGAGGACUUGGCGAGCCUGGCCGAGGUGGACACGCGCCUGCCGGAGCUUCUGCGCGCCUGGGGGGUACGGCGCCUACGGCCCAAGCAGGGGGAGGCCAUGCGUGCGGUGGCUGCGUGCCAGGAGGUGCUGGUGGUCAUGCCCACGGGCUACGGCAAGAGCUUUUGCUUCCAGGCUCCGGCGGUGUUGGGAGAAGGCCUGACGCUGGUGGUGAGCCCGUUGCUCAGCCUUAUGCGGGACCAGGUGGAGGGCCUGAAGCAGAAGGCUCCACUCGACUGCGGGGCGGAGUAUCUGGGCUCCGACUGCACGUUGCUGCAGCAGAAAGAGGUCUGGCGGCGCCUCGAGCGUGGACAGCUUCGCUUGCUCUACGUGUCCCCGGAACGCCUAGAGAUGGGCUCCUUCGUACGGAGGCUCCAGGAGCUCCAGGUGCCGGUGCAGCGGGUGGUGGUGGACGAAGCCCACUGCGUCAGCCAAUGGGGCCACGACUUUCGGCCCAGCUAUCGCCACAUCGGCUCCUUAGCGCAGAAGCUCCAGGUGAAGGUCCAGGCCUUUACGGCCACGGCCAGCGCUCAGGUGCAAAAGGACAUCUUCCAGCAGCUGCGGAUGUCGAAGCCCAAGCUCGUGGUGAGCGGCGCCCCGCGGCUGAACCUGCAGCUGCAGGUCACCCAGCUCAGCAGCAUGAAAGAGCUGCCACGGAGAGUCUUCGAGUUUCUAGCGCGCCAUGCGGGUGAGUGUGGCAUCAUCUUCUGCUCCAGCAAGAAGACGCUGCGCCAGAUGCACGGCCUUCUGAAAUCAAGGUAUAAGGGCCUGGCGCAGUAUCACGCGGACCUCGAGGACGAGACCCGCGCUGAGGUCUCGGACCAGUGGAGUCGCCAAGAGAUCGACCUGGUGAUUGCCACCACGGCCUUUGGCAUGGGCAUCGACAGGCCGGAUGUGCGCUUUGUCUUGCACAUUGGCUUGCCCAGCAGUAUUCCUCAGUACUACCAGGAGGUGGGGCGCGCGGGGCGGGACGGGGAAGCGGCGGAGUGCCGCCUCUUCCACUGCGGCAAGCGGAGCCGCGCGGCGAAGCUUCGCGUCAUCCAGGAUGGCCAGGACGGCCGGACAAUAGAGACCCGGCAGUUCGAAGAGUUUUGGGCCUUCCUGGAGUCCAAGACCUGCAGGCACCGUCAGCUAGCGCGUCACUUCGGCCUCUCGGACGCGGUCGACGCGGCGCGCGGUUGCGGCGCCUGCGAUGUCUGCGGACGCGCUCAACGCGGCUCAGGACCCUUGACCCAGAGAACGCUGACGCGAGCACAAAAGACUGCUCCGCUUGAAGAAGUGUCAGGCGCGACUCCGAGCUCAGAGGCUCUAGUGGCAGGGCUGCGCCAGCUGCGCCAGCGGCUGGCGAGGCAGCUUGGGCAACAGCCCUAUUUCAUCUUUCGUGACCGCUCUCUGCAAGAGUUGGCACAGCGCCGGCCCAAAAGCCAGCAAGAACUUCUGGAGGUGUGGGGCUUCGGAGAGAUCAAGGUUAAGAGCUACGGCAAGGACAUCCUGGAGGUAAUUGGCCAGUGCGAAUCGGGUGUCGUUGAUGCAGCAGGCGGGGAUGGCCUCGACCCAGCGCGCGAGGGAGCUCCAGCGGGCCUGCUCGAGAGCCUUCAGGAGCUGCGACGCAAGCUGGCCGGAAAGCGCCCGGCCUACUUGGUCUUCGGCCAGCGAUCCAUCCAGGACUUGGCUGCUCGAAGCCCCAGCAACGAGCGAGAACUGCUGGAGGUCUUCGGCUUUGGGGAGAUCAAAGUCAAGAAGUAUGGCAAACAGAUCUUGCAGGUCAUCAGUCAAUGGGAUCAAUCCGAUGAGUCUGCAUGCGAUUGA